CGGGUGCCGCCGGAGGGCAUGAACAAGCCCGUCCUGGACCGCAUCAUCCGGGUGGACCACGCGGGGGAGUACGGGGCGAACCGCAUCUACGCGGGGCAGAUGGCCGUCUUGGGCAGGUCGAGCGUGGGACCCGUUAUCCAGCAAAUGUGGAAUCAAGAAAAAGACCACCUGAAAAAGUUCAAUGAACUAAUGGUUGCAUACAGAGUUCGACCUACUGUUUUACUGCCCUUUUGGAAUGUAGCGGGUUUUGUUUUGGGGGCUGGAAGUGCUUUACUUGGAAAGAAAGGUGCAAUGGCUUGCACCGUGGCAGUGGAAGAGAGUAUAUCGGAUCACUACAAUAGUCAGAUCCGAACUCUUAUGGAAGAAGAUCCGGAAAAGUACAAAGAACUGUUGCAGAUGAUAAAGCAAUUCCGGGAUGAUGAACGGGAGCACCAUGACAUUGGGCUUGAGCACAAUGCGGAAGCGGCACCGGCUUACACAGUUUUGAAGACAGCUAUACAGCUUGGAUGCAAAGCUGCAAUAUUUUUAUCCGAGAGAAUUUAG